UCGCCAGAGUCAGAAAUGCAACUUUUUCCACUUUACUGUGCUUUAAUCUACCUGUUUCAAUAUGAAGUCUGAGCAAUAUCGAAUGAAAUCAAAUCUGAACUACGAACCUGGUUUGGAAAUUUAAAGCACACGCAAAAUGCUGUAACGCUUAACACUCUAAAAAAGCUUUGCGUUGUGGAAGUGAUACGAGGCAGCAAACAUCGAAUAACUGUUGGAAAUAUUGACAUAUUGAAUAAGAAUACUUUGGAAAACUUCAUAAAGAUGCCGAGCAUCAAAAUGCCGAACAUUACAGUAGUCAUCGUGGAAGAUGAGUUGUCUAAAAAGGCAAAGGCAAGAACGGCGAAUCGGUAUAAAGAACGGGAAAUGGAAAAACUAAUUGUAAAAUUUAAGGAGUGUAUUAUUAGAAAACUAAAGGUACUAUCUUAGUUACGAGACAAAGAUCUUAUAGAUAUCGUAAAUAUAAAUUUAGUACGAUUAAAUUAUUUUUACAAUA